AUGGGUACCGAUAUAGCAAUCAGACUACAACAUGAGACGGAACCUUGCCUCAUGAACCAGAUGGCUGUAUUAUCUGCGAAUGCGAAUGCUAAUGCUAAUGUGGAACAUUGGAAAAAGGAGCUGGAAAUGAUAAAGUGUCCGGAAGCUAGCGUCUUUGGUGCUGGCAGAACCAUCAGCAAGUUCACUGCAGGUGGUCACUCCUGCCACCCUUAUAUGGGUGUACCUAGCGUACCCAGCGUACCUAGUGCUCGGGAUCCUGCAGUAGCGCCAAAGGCUGAAUACUGGGGUAAACCCACUGAUUCCAAUGGUUCGGAUCCCGAUCUCCUGAAAAUUGCCCCAUUCCUCCAAAAUGGCAAUCAGCAAUUAUUGGAUGUAAUUUUCGAUUCACAUUCACCUUCGCAUUCACAUAUUCCUCCCCAAUUGGAUCAAAAUGAUGCCAAUGAUGCCAAUGACGCCGAGAGUUCUGAAGCCAAUACCCAUAAUAAUUCCGGCGGAAAUCCUAAAGAUGCUCUACAACCGUCCUCCAGUUCCAAUGGCCAGGGAAACUCUGGGCGCCAACCUCUUAAGCGGAACAAUAAUGGGGAUCACCCAGACGGACGGGACCAAAAGCGUCGCCGAUCUACGGUGUCCACUUCCGGACGGAAGAAGUCACAGCAGAAGUUUGCUUGUCCCUUUUACCGGUAUGACCCGUGGACACAUUACGGAUGUCUUACUUACGAGCUUCACCGGAUUGGUGACGUCCGACAACACAUCACAAGGAGACACGUACAGGAGAUUAGAUGUCCUCGUUGCGGGCUUGUAUUUGAAGGCGAAAGCACGAACGACAGACUCGCUCAGCAUAUUCAAGAAAUGCGCUGCGAAGUGCGGCUUGUCAAUAAUACCGGGGUGACAGCAGAUCGUCUUGAGGCCAUGAGGACCGUGGCUAACGGCUCGAGCGCCAUUACCGACGAAGAAAAAUGGUACAAGAUCUGGGAUUGUUUAUUUCCGGGAUUUCAACGUCCAGGACCCGGUUCUCCAUACCUGCCCGCAGGUUUUGGUGUCGCAUCGCAUUUUAUCGAAGAAUACCAGCAACAGUUUCUAAGCAGGCUAGAUAUACAGCAGCUCAUCGCACGAGUCGCUCUGGGGCCGUGUCCAGAAGCGGAAAUCAGCGGACACCUAGCGUCAGUAUUUAACGACAUGUCCCUCUUUGCCAGGCAACGUACGGGAGGCCCUGCAAGUAACGGUAUACCCGAAGAUAUACAAACACCUAUACUUUCGAACGGCAAUAUGAGCUUCCCAAUGCUAGCAUACCCGCAACUCCCCCAUCAAAAUCCUAUGAUGGACCCUGAGAAUCAAAUGGGUUCUAUGCAAAUGGACGAUGUUGACCCGUACUUGGUCUGGCAACCACCUAAUUGGUCCAACGAAUGA